CUUCCAUAGUUCCGCUCUCGAUGAUCUAAAGUCUAUGUGUUAUACUACCAGUUGUAUCAAUGUAUUAUUGUGGGUCUCAAAACCUCACGCGAGUAUUGACACAAGACAGGGAGUCAUCGACCUUUUUCACAACCAAAAAACAAGAUGACUCAUUGUUUGCUAAUGAACAACCAUGGGAAAAUGAUGGACUAGGGCUUAAUUUCAUUUAUUUGUACUAAUUAUAAUCCUUUUUCCACGAUCAUGGCCUGACUGAAUUUUUUCAUGAACAAUGUGGGUUUUGAUGGUGAUGUAAGGUGGGUUCAAGCUAGCUUUGAUAUGUGCUUUAUGGUAUAAUAAUACAAGGGCUUAGCAAGAUGACUUGGUUAAGGUACAAUUGGCAACAAUUGGAAGGCCAUUCUUGGUGGGUCACUUACUAGGACUAGUUUUUAAUUAUGGGAAGUGGGAUCCUUUUCUCAUUAUUUUUGUAUAAUUGUGUUUGUAUAGUUUGGAGAGUUAAGUCUUUUUCGUGCUUCAUUUCAUUUGACGAUAUACGAAGUUAUUAGUUCUAACUCACAAAGAUAUAUUAACGACAAUAUUGUGUUCGUUUCUUAUUCAUCCAUGACCAUAACGAAAAUAUCUACUUUGCUAUAGGAUUCAAAUUGAUAGAGAACUUUAGGUCAAAACCAAACCUUGGUAAAUGUUAAUCUCAUUACAUAUUUACCAAUUGAAGUGAUCAUCAAACAUUAACAAGUAGGCUAAAUUCAAGAACUUUGACCGGGCUCCAGCCUCCAGAUUUGGGCUUACCCCCAUGUCCUAAUCCACUUCCAGUUGGAUGUUUUACAGGCCCACUUACUAUUUCAAAAAUAAAAGCCCAUACUUCAUCGAUUUGCUACUACGAGCCCAUUCUUAGAUCCACAAAGCAAUUCCCAUGCAUGCAGAGAAAAAGGGAGAAAGGAAAAGAAGUUAUGCUUUCCUCCAAAUCUUGCACUUUCUUUUCCAGGAGACAAAGGGGAUAAAGCAACCGCCCAUUUCCUCACUUCUGGACAAACAACUUGGUAUCUCCAUUCUCUUAAUGAUUCCAAAUUUCCAAUCAACUGAUUUAAUUAUAAACUUAGAUAGACUUAAUACGAGUCUAUCAGUUGUUCACAAAAAUAAUCGCGUGUAUAUUGUAUUCACAAGUAUAUCGUUAUAUGUCAAUCAAUUGAAAUCUUCAUAUAUAAGAGAACAAAAAAACGACUAAUAUCACUAGAAAAAUAUAUCUUAUAAACCUGAAGUAACCUACAAUGUCAAUCCAUCACCAAUUGAUUAAACUAAUCUAAAACUUUUAGUGGUCACCAUGUGAACAAUCUAAAUGAAUUUAAGAUUGAAGUCUCUCUGCAACCAAAUGAAACUUCCUAUGACAACUAAGGAUCAUACGAAGAGACCAAAGCCAAGGAAAGUAUAGAGCAAAUGUUCACAAGUAAAACACCACAAUAUUCCCCCUUCUACCAUCUCUCCAAUUAUAAAGCACCAAUUGCCUUCUAAUUUCCUUUCUCCCUCCCCAUAUCUCCUCUACAAUGGCUGAUCCUUACCACCAAAGGAAGCAGCAGCAGCAGCAACAUCACCAUCCAGCCAUGGAGAUCUCAGAGAAGCUGUUGCUGCAAUACAAGUACCAUUUUGCAGUUGCAGCCGUUGCCUCCCUUUCCCUCUCCUUGCUAAUGUAUGCAGCUCCAAGGCUCCUCACCAUCCUUGCAUACUUCCUGCCUCUCCUGGCUUCCACAACUGUGUUUCUGAUCUUGAUCACGACCUUCGGUGGUGUCUCGACGCUGAACAUCGAUCCAAAUCAUCUGCAACAUGGCCAGGGGCAUGGUGCAGGGCUCCUAGAUUAUGUUGCAGGCCGUCCUGAUGAAAACUACUAUGCUCUGGAGGCUCAUGGUUAUUGAUUAAUGGAAGAGCUACUCAAGAGGAACAUGUCAUAUUCCUUGGAAACAUUCUCCUAAUGUACAUAUUUGUCAAUCACAGUGAUCUUUGUUACAAACCAUUGUUCUUUCAUUUGAUAAAGAUAAAAACUCUGC